GACAGUGCUACGUGAGAAAUCGUGAUGGAGUAGUUUAUACCCUGUUUGGUCGCCGUUUCUCACCCGCGUUCAAGUACGUUUAAAAUUACCACACAUUCGGUCAGUGCAUCCGUCGGUCGCCGCGUAGAGAGAAUCACUCUGAUCGCGGUUAACAGUAUGUCAGUCAUUCUCGAGGCGACUGGUUACUUAUUCGUGUUAACGUAACAGGGAAAAGUACGGUGUCGGAGGAGGCAGGUUAUCUUCUUUGUUCGAGAAAAGCCUCAUCAGUGGGCAAUGGCGCGGGAACCUUACGUUCCAGAAUCGGUGUGUGCAUGGCGUAGGUGAUGAUCGGUGUUUGUACAUGUGGCAUGGUGUUUAUAGCGAACAGGAAGAUUUACAUACCUCGCUGGAUUGACCACCUCGUCGGUUUUUGGAUACGAGCCGUGUCGUGAGCCGCCAUGAGGCGCAUUAGCGGAUAAUAAGCAGUCACCUGAUCUGAUCUGUUCAUCCCUGCUUUGUGAAUGUUGUAAUCAAGAACGACGUCUGGUUUUGUCUCUUUGUAACUGGCUCUUCUUGUGACCGCACAACAACUUGGCGGCAUGAACCGGCCGUCCAAAGCUGUGACCCAGGCGAAGAAAGUGGCACCACCGGCUGUACCCGAUGUAUUUCGACAUUCUGGCUCCUCGUUUGGUUCCGCUGGAUAUGCGAGCAGCGAAGAUAGCUGUUUCCUGCCCGGAAGUGGACCAGGCGGAACAACGGACGAGGGUUCUUACGGUGUGCCAUCUGGAAAGAGUCCGGGGCCUAUUUUUACCCACCCUGGCUUUGCCUUUCCACCAGUCGUCGGCAAAUAUGCCCACGCCGAGGAUCAAGGAAUCGAUAUGACUCAAAGUCCUGGAAGAGAUAGCCCAGGUAGUUCAGGAUCAGGUUCGGGUUCCAGGCAUUCAACCGCAUCAUUGGAUUCUGGAAGAGCCUCCGGAUAUCAUUUGGGCCCUAGAGGACCUGGUGCUCUUGCUUCAUCUCCCAGGUGUUCUAUAAGCUCACUUGGCAGCCAUCCGGACAGACCGGCGGAUCUCGACGUCGUUCACGCUUGGUUGACUGAACUCCAAUUCGAGGAAUACUUUCCAUUAUUUGCUUCCGCUGGUUAUGAUCUAGCUACUAUAACGCGUAUGACACCAGAAGAUUUGACAGGGAUAGGAAUUAAGCAGCCUAAUCAUCGGAAACGCUUGAAGGCGGAAAUAGAUAAUUUAAAUAUAGGAGAUGGCUUGCCAGAACAUAUUCCUGGUUCGUUAGAAGAGUGGCUCAGGCUUCUGCGACUCGAAGAAUAUCUUGGUGCUCUUCAUCAACAGGGUAUGCGUUCAGUUGAAGAUGUAACGACUCUCACUUGGGAAGAUCUUGAAGACAUUGGCAUUGUACGUCUUGGCCACCAGAAAAAAUUAUUAUUGGCAAUUAAGAGAGUUAAGGAUAUUCGUGCUGGAAAACGUAUACAGCCGCUCGAUCUUGCUCGGCUACCGCCGCAUCCUGGACAAACACAGGACGUAGUUAUUCAACGAGGAGGUCCUGACUUGCCAUCUCCUGAUGAGGAUUGUUCCUCUCCUGUUCUGAGGUCUUUUCAGAGAGGCGGAAGUGAUACUACAUCUGGAGCUGCGUGGAGAAGUAUGUAUGCUGCUUUACCAGCCGAUUAUAAUAUUGUUGGUCGGUCUGGUUCACGAGGAAAAUCAUUAGAAAGCUUGGAAGACGCACCCCUUGGGUAUCCUCCGUCACCAGCACCAUCCACACAUCCACAGCCAAUCGAAUGGCGUCCACGUAGCUUCGAAGACGGUGAUGUGACUCCUACAAAUGAUACUUCCGUAGUGGAUGCAGGUGGCGGAACUCUUCCGCGACCUAGACAUUGUCUUGUUCGUCCACGACCUGUAGCUAAGGUCACUGCAACUCCAGGUCAAUUUAAGUCACUACCAAGAGACUUCGAUAACAAAUAUCAAUUAACUUACGGACUCGAGAGUAGUCCACAUCUUCCGAAACGUUGCCCUCCGUCUCCUCCAAGGCGUCAAAGCUCUAGAGACAAUAGCGGUUCUGGAGUAGGGGUGGGAGGAUCGGGAGUUGGCGAUGUUGUGAUAGAUUGCAGCGGACCAGUUCCAACUGCCUCUUGCGAGGAACAUCACAUACAUCAUCAUCAACAUCAUCAUUUGAUCCAUCAUCCUUCUCCACCGCCACCAGCACCUGCGCCAGUGCCAUCGACUCCUCCACAAAUAAAUCGACCACCCUCUUCUAUGUCUCGUUCUUGGGGUAGUGUCAGUGUCAAUGUUAACGAAGAACAUGAAUUAAUAGCUUCUCUUGCUCUGCAGCACCGUAAUGGUUCUGAUGCCAGUUUUAAGUCAAGUUCCAGUACAGAAUCCGACUCACUACCGUUUGCAAAUGAAAAUGCCGGAACAAUAAAACAAAGAGCUGCACGCGCACAAGAAUACGCAAGUGGUAAUACUGGUAACAACAUGUCAGGUCAUGGAAUAAGCCAUCACACCGGUGGCAGUGAACCAGCGGAUGUAUUAAACGAUAUUGGGAAUAUGCUUGCAAAUCUUACUGACGAACUUGACGCUAUGCUCGAGGAAGAAAAACGUCAAGGCUUGAAUUCAUAAUCAUCGCUACCUUUGUUUGCGUCUGUUCUCAUUUUUCUUUGUUCUUUCUUUCUUUUUUUAUUUACUAGUACUACCACGAAGAACACAAUUUUAGCAACAAAAGUCGAUGACGAAAACAUAGAUAUCUUACGCUAUGACGUAUAAUAUUGUAGACCAUGAAUGCAUACAGUUCGCAAGAUUAAAUAGACAAAGGUCAUAUAUGAACUCGAUAAAUUUUAGCUUGAUACAUUGCAAUGAUCGUAUUGAGAGGAAAGAAUGUUCGGUGUUGGACGAAUGUUAAACCACGUUCCAUUGUGUUGGCUUACAACAUAAGUUACAUUACACAAAUAAUAAUAUCCUGUUAUAAUUGUAUAAGUUAACGUAGUGGAUAGUAUUCCACGCCAUAAUUUUGAUUUUUAUCAGUUUCUUCAUUCCUUCUUUCUCUCUUUAUAGGACAAAGCUUCUUAUUUUUCUAUCAAAAUAUUAUGAGCUUUCUAUGGAGUUUCCAGAGACACCUGAAUGUUGCACAAUUUUUGCGAUUUUUAUAUUUCUCUAAAGUAUUUUUAUUCAGUAUAUUUAAACCCUUAGAGUGCUGAAUACUCGUGCUGUGGACGGAGUACUUUUUCGCUAGACUGAACUCUGUUGGUUGACUAUUCAAAGCGCAAAUUCUAAUAAGUUUUUCGUAAUCGUAAUAAACAUUAUUGACAUCUGUUUACUGCCGUUACUAAGGAAUACAUUUAUAUUUAUCUUACACAAACGUAAUAGUAUUACUUCUGCGUAGGUGUUCGGAAAAAUUGACAAACACAUAUAUGCAUCCUUAGCCCAUGCCGGACACUUAUAGAAAACGCAUAUAUGUGUCCUUAGUCCACACCGAUAGCUUUCGCCAGACGCAUAUAUGCGUCCAUAGCAUUCUAAGGGUUAAAGAACAAUUUUUUUUAGUACAUUAUUCUGAAUAAUACUAAUGUUACACACAAACGUUUUCUAUUACAGAUUUUUGAACUUGCACUUUUAAAUAAAAUUUAUAUAAGGAAAAUAAAAUAAAAUUGUAGGAGGAUAAACUUAACAAGGAUAGAUAGACGAGGAAAAUUAUGCUAAAAGAGAAUUGCACUUAAUAAAUAAGUAUGUAUGGAAGUAUGGACUUAUGCCUUAUGAUAAAAAGACUGCAGAAUACAUCGGUGUAGUCUAAUUCUUAAUGCACAUUUCAUGUCAUUUGUAUUUUAUAUUCAUAUAGCAUAAAGACUGAUUCGCUUUCUCUGGAAACUUCAUUGCUACCGAUAUAUGUACAUUCCAGCUAGUAUAUUUCCUUUUCCACUUCCGUCCUUUGCUAAAACGAUAGCAUGUUAGAUUGGGACCUUCAUAACUGUUGGAGCUGUUAGACAUUUUGAGAUUAGUAUGAUACAAAGAAGUAAACUUCUGUAUCCUUUUUCCAGAGUAAAAUAAUUCUUCCAGUAACGUCAAAGAAAAAUAUUAUUGAGUCAUGUUGUUUUGAUGAUGAAGCAUAAUUAUAUCUUUGACUAUAUUAUGGUACAAUUUCUAUAAGAGUUUACGAUAGUUUGUAUGAAAAAACUUACAUCUUCCAUUAUUUGAACUUGAAAAAUAGUUCUCAUAAGACUGAGAACAAAAUCAACAUAAACAUUUGACUGCCAAUUAAAUUUCAAGAUUAUACAGUUUAAAUACAGAAUCAUAUGCACUGUAUGCCAAUUAACAUUUUAUAUUUAUUAUCCGUACUAAUAUAGUGAUGUAUGUAACUCACUAUUGUUAUAUGGUGCACAAAAACAUGUGGGGUGCAAAGUAUCCACAUGUAUCAAAUCAAAGUAAUCGUCGUAGUAGAAUCUUGUCGAUAAAAAGUGUUCAGGUUUACUCCAAAUUUAAGUAUUAUACUGAUAUGUACUGAGACUUGUGCAUAGAAUUGUAUGUAGCAGUCCUCACACACAAGGUGGAUCAUGCGAUUGAGCUAACAAUAAGUUGUAUCUUGUAUUCGAUUGUAUGAAUUAUCCUGUAUAUGCAUGUACACAUGUACAUUUAUAUAUGAUAAUUCCAGAUUCUUUAUGAAUCAUAAGAGUUCAUAUACAUAUAUGGCUUAUUUUUAAAAUUUUAAGUAUUUUGAAGUCUGUGAUCUACUUUAAAACUUAUGUACAAUUUAAGUCAUUGUUAACAUAUCAGUCAUCUUUGGUACAUUCAAGUAAAUAGUACAUAUUUCUUACUUGGAUUAAAAUUUUAAAGGUUUUUCGAUUUAUAUGUGUAAAUGGACGUAGAAUUCUCAUACAUAAAUGUAUAUAAGGUUUCAGUAUGACGUUAUUACUAAUAAAAUACUCCUUAUUUUACAUUCUUUAAGGAGUAUAAAUUGCUGUCUCUGUACAAAUCAGUUUCGCAAGUAAAUCAUAAAUUAAUUGCAAUGAAUUCAAUUACACUAUCAUGAUUCUAAUGUAUUUUAUUUUUAACUAUAUGAUUCGUUAUAAAUAUUCAAAUCCAGUUACGCUCUAUCAUUACAAGAAAAGAAAAUGUGGUAGGAUAUAUACAAGAUUUUGAAACACACUUAAAACCUAGGUUAAUCAACUAAAUAUUGGGGCUACAUUAUUGUAGCCUGCAGACUUGUUAACUACUGUAGGUAUAUAUAGUAGGUAUACAUAUAUCAGUUUAAGCAGUGUACUUAGGGAAACUGUUUUGCGGUGCUGCAAAUUUAUGAAUUUAUUAUUAUUUACUUUUACUCCUUAUUAUUAUUGUAUAUUAUUAUAUUUCAAGAGAACAAACUGGUUUUAAGUCAUAUAUAUGAAUAAUCAAAGGUGGCACAAGCUCUUAAUACAUUUACAUGCGUAUAAAUGUGGCAUUUAUUUUUAUUGCAUUUAAAUGCAAAUUUUUAAUUUACUACUUAGUUGGCUUAUAACGUUUAGAUAUUUUAUUAAUUACUAGAAAUGUUUUUACAUGAAGUUAUUUUUACAAGUAUAAUCAUUUGUGCUGCCCUAUAUAUUUGAACACAGAACAUUUUUAAAUCUUCCAAAGAUUAAUCAAGAUUCAGUAAGUUUUCUUAUUUAUGAUUAAUUAUUUAAGUUCUAGGCUUGAUCUUUUACACUAAAGUUAUGAAUUGACCACAAAAUCAUGAAUAUUCUAAAACAAUUUAAAAUACGAAGCGUACUAUUUUAUUUAAACAAUUGUUUUUACAAUAAUAAUUAACGUAGGAAGAUAAAAGCUGUAAGGGUAAUAUCAUGAUGCGGGUGUUUAACUAAAAUAAAUGUUAAUUUGACAAAAAAUGAAGUAACUAGUAAAUGUUGAUAGGAAAUGAAACAUUUUAUACUAAUUGUGAGAUCGUGUGAUCAAUUUACAAUAAUUGCUUUUUUAUGAUACACAUUGAAAAAUACAAUAGAGGGUAAUAAUGCACACACUGCCGACUUUUAUACUGUAAUUCAGCGAUUUCAUGAGAUCAAGAAGUGAAUAAAUAAAGUUUCUAGAUAUCGCAUAAAGUAAUUCGUGCAUGAAAUGCACUUAAAACGUUAAAUUUAUUUAAUAUUUAUUUAUUUUUAAAUUGAAAAUUAUUAAAUGUUUUAAAAAUAUUAUGAAUAAUUUCAUUGAUGCUUUGAAAGUAUUAUUUUAAGUGAAACUUUACAAAAGUUUAAUUAAUAUAGUAUCAACAAGCUAUGAUGAGAAAAUUAUGUAUAAAAAGAUGUACAAAUACUUUAUUUAACUAAAAGUAUUAUUUUAAUUAUCAGUAUCAAUGUAAGUAAAAGAUAUAGUUCAGAUGCAUAAAAUAUGCUACUGAGAUGUUUACUUAAAAUAAUACAUUCAAGUAAUAAAAUUGAGAAACUAUGUAUUAGACUAAAUGCUUUAAAGCAGUUCAUGGCAUUCCUAAAGUAGUUAAAACGUAUAUUAUCUACUAUUCUUAAGCGAUUGCCUCUUCAUUUCUACAGAUAGCUGAUAAUGAUAAAUAAUAUUGAAAAGAAUUCAAUUAUUGGCUGAUUUUUAGGCAGCUAAUUCAGAAUUCCUGAAGACAUUGCUUCUACAUGGUGUAUACAUAUUAUACAUAUAUAAAUAUUAUAUAAAUAUAAAUGAUAAGUACAAAUAUAAAUAUAGAUAUAUAUAUAUAAAUUAUAUUUAUAUUUGUAUUUGUAUUAAAUUAGUCAUAGUUUUUGUACAAACGUAUGCGCCGCUGCAGUUUUGUUCAGCGAAUUUAAUACCCGCCUAAUUGCAUUUUACGAGUCCUUGAGACCUUCUCCUACUUUCUGUAUUUGUUUAAAUGCACGUUAAAUACAUUACUUGAUUUAUCGACUAUGAUGAAAGAGAUAAUUAAAUAAAACUAAUUGACAGACUCCAUUCUCAUUGUUUUUUGGUAUAUACCCGAAAUAAGUUGUUAAUUAUCCUGUUAUAUGAGAUUCUCAUUAUGUAAGGAAACAGAGAUUCUCAUAUUUUUAUUAUAACAUAAGCAGGAUGCAACAUCAUAUGUAUAUGUCAUCUCUAUCGUAUAUUAUUUCGCAGGAGACGAUUGGAUUAGGGAAAAAAGAAGUAGGCUAUAUAGGAAAUAAUAAAUAUUAUUUGAUUUCGUUUACUAUAAAAUAUAAUUUUUAUUUCUUCUAUAGAAUAUAAGUUUAUUUUUUAAUUCAAGAUUUAUUUUUUAAUUAGUAAAGAAAAUAUCAUUUCAUUGUGAUGCUAUGAAAAAUCAAAUAUUUUCUUCUGUGGAAAAUUUGAUUUUAAGCGAGAUAGGUAGUAAUAUAAUUUUUAUGAACUAAGUAAUGUUACUUGUAAGAGAAAGAGUAAAGAAGUCCAUGAAACACAGAUACACUGAACUUCCUCACUCUUAGAUGUUAAGUUUCCUUAAAAAUUUAGGUGCAAAUUGUAUAUGCCAUAUUUGAGCAGUCAUAUGUUUGUGUAACUGUAGCAUCUUCAAUAUAAAAAUCAUUGAGCAAUA